AUGAAUGUCAUAAAACUUCAGAGGAAGUAUCCUCAGUUCGAUCAGAGCGAAAUAUUUGGCCUUCAGGAUGCAUUUCGAAAGCUCGAUGUUGACGACAAGGGCUAUUUAGACGAAGCAUCCGCUAUCAAAGGUGCUCAGCAGUCAGAAAGACAAGCAUAUGAUGUUGUACGCCAGGCGUUGAAACAAGUGGAACUCGAUAGCUCUCGACGUGUGGAACUUGAGGACUAUGUUGAUCUCAUCUCUAGGCUUCGGUCCACCCCAGAACAGACUAAAGGUCCCGGAGCCGCAGGUCCUGCUACGGCUUCUCAUGGUAACAACGGAGCUCCGCCGCGCCAUGUAUCUAAAGGCAGCAUCGGAGGCAAAAUUCACGUUCAAGGAUCGUCUGCCAAUGUCACACACACUAUCAACGAGGACGAAAGAACAGAAUUUACAAGGCACAUUAAUGCUGUUCUUGCAGGUGACCCUGAUAUCGGCCAUCUCCUUCCAUUUCCCACGGAUACGUUCGAGAUGUUUGAUAAGUGCAAGGAUGGACUGGUCCUUGCCAAAUUGAUCAACGACAGUGUCCCUGAUACAAUUGAUGAGCGUGUUUUGAACAAGCCGGGAAAGAAGAUCAAAGAAUUGAAUGCAUUUCAUAUGACUGAAAAUAACAACAUGGUGAUCAAUUCUGCAAAAGGUAUUGGGUGCUCAGUAGUCAAUAUUGGAAGUGGAGAUAUCAUUGAGACUAGAGAACAUCUCAUCCUUGGUCUCAUCUGGCAAAUUAUUCGUCGGGGCUUACUGGGCAAAAUUGAUAUUAAGCUUCACCCGGAGCUCUACCGUCUUUUGGAUGACGAUGAAACACUCGAGCAGUUUUUGAGACUGCCGCCCGAGCAGAUCCUUCUUCGUUGGUUUAACUAUCAUCUCAAGAAUGCUAAAUGGAACAGGAGAGUGAAUAACUUCUCGACGGAUGUUAAGGACGGCGAGAAUUAUACCGUCCUUCUGAACCAGUUAGCACCUGAUUUGUGCUCUCGAGCCCCCCUUCAGAACCGUGACUUGCUUCAACGGGCUGAAGAGGUCCUCUCGAAUGCCGAGAAACUAGAAUGCCGCAAGUUCCUGACUGCGACAUCGCUUGUAGCUGGAAAUCCGAAGCUGAAUCUUGCUUUUGUGGCAAAUUUGUUCAACACCCACCCGGGCCUUGACCCCAUCACCGAAGAGGAUAAACUGGAGGUGGAAGACUUUGAUGCCGAGGGCGAACGAGAAGCACGGGUCUUUACUCUCUGGCUCAACUCGCUGGACGUCCAGCCUACGGUGAACUCACUAUUCGAUGACCUCCGAGACGGCACCAUACUGCUGCAGGCCUACGACAAAGUUAUUCCUGGCAGUGUUAAUUGGAGGCAUGUCAACAAAACUCCUGCCUCCGGCGGUGAGAUGCUGAGGUUCAAGGCCGUCGAAAAUACCAACUAUACCAUUGAACUCGGCAAGCACAUCGGUUUCUCCCUGGUUGGAGUCCAGGGUGCCGAUAUCACUGACGGCCAGCGGACCCUCACCCUGGGAUUGGUUUGGCAGUUAAUGCGGAGAGAUAUUACAAACACACUCUCUUCGUUGGCGCAGAGGAUGGGCAAGAGAGAAAUCACCGACGCAGAGAUGAUUCGAUGGGCAAACGACAUGUCCCGAAAGGGUGGAAAAUCUUCGUCGAUACGCAGCUUCAAAGAUCAGUCUAUUGGUUCCGGUCUCUUCCUUCUUGAUGUUCUCAAUGGAAUGAAGAGCAGCUAUGUGGACUACGAUCUAGUCACUCCAGGCCAUACGGAUGAGGAUGCUUAUGCUAAUGCCAAGCUUAGCAUCAGUAUAGCUAGGAAGUUGGGUGCUACAAUCUGGCUGGUACCUGAGGAUAUCUGUCAGGUUCGCUCUCGUCUAGUGACAACAUUCAUUGGUAAGUACAGCAAGCAUUCAAUAUAG